CUAGUUGAUUACAACUGAAUAGAUCCUUAUUUAUUUUAAACUUCUUUCUCACUGGCGUUCUAUUACAUUUCUACUUUUUCGUUUUGACGUUUGUAACACAAUUGUUAAACAUCACAAAUUCAAGUUUUCACAAAAUGCUCUUCAAAUUAAUCAGGAAUUAAGAUAUAAAAAUGAUAUACAGAACCACUUCGGACACACAGCAGUUGGAUGAGAACAUGAUUGUUUUGGGAACCGGCAUACAAACCAAGUUUAGAUUCAUUUAUUAAUAUGUUUAACCCACACAUACGAAGCAAAUAACCUCAACCCCCAUAAUGAAUUACGCUGAAAUAAAGAAACUGGAUGAAGAAUCGCUGCAACAGCUGAAGGAGGGAACGGGACCGAGCGACAAAUGCAUUUGCUCUCUCCUUUCGCCGCCCGAUGGUGAGCGACGUGGCUUCGGGAGUUCGAUCAAAAGGGCGCUGGCGUCGAUCGCGACCGGCAAGAAGCGCAGGCCGCUAGACGGGCAGAGAUCUGUCGAUAUACCCAUCGUUUAUACCAAGGGAGCUGCUGGUAUAUAUUCCACCAAGGAGGUCCUCAAACGGAAGUCUUCCUGUGGGAAGUGCGGCUGUGACAAGGAGAACAUUGUCCUGAAGCACUCGUAUGCCAACAUCCGGAUCACCAGCCCCGAUGUGUCGUCAAUAUGCUCCUGCCCUUCAGACUGCUUGCCUGAAAAAUCCCGCCUCAUGAACAACAUAAAGGUCACCGUUGAGCACAUGACCAUAGACCCGGACAGCGAGAACUCCGAGAGCAGCCUCCACCAGCACCGCCAGCGGACCCUCCGGGAGCCGCUCAUGUCGGACCGGAAGUCACUCUCGAGCCUCAUCAACGCGCAGUACGAGAAGGUCCAGGAUCUCUAUGAGAGGCAGUACGAUAAUACCGCUUGAAGAGAGAUAGACUGUUUAUUAGUAGGAAAGAGAUAGUUGAUGUUUUGUAAUGUCAGCCAACAAAAGUCGUUCACGGGCUAACUUUAAGGGAUAGAAUCCAGUUAUUUUCGACAUACACGAAACAUAGGUCCAACAGAAACCGUAUACAGAAAUUUAGUCUGAAAUGUUAUACACUGAUCAGGUAUAAACACACCCACUCAAAACUAUGAACAAAUUAUUAUUAUUUAUAACUAGCCUGCAGUGUCCCACGGCUGGGCAAAGGCCUCCCAUCCCUCCUUCCAUUUACCCCGGUCUAUUGCUGACCAAGGCCAGUUUUGCGAGACGGAAUCAAGCUCGACCUGCCAUCCUCUUUUGGGCAUGUCGUGAGGUUAGCGAACAAACGAAACAUACGAAACUCUCUUUGUUAUUCAAUAACCGCUUACUCACGCGUAUGUAUGAAAUACCUGGGAUUAGUUUUGGGCCCAGCCGGAGUCCUUAAUCAUGAGAAAAACUUAGAAAACCAGGCAAAACUUGCUAUCUUUCUUAAAGUCAUAUUUAUAAUUUAAUAGUUUUCAAUACCAGAGUUUGUUAAUCUGUUUUUGAUGCUAAUUGUAGAAAUAAUAACCCGAAUUGAAUAGCUCAAAUAUAUUGAACUGACAAGUCCCAUUAUUUGCCGAAAUGUACUGUCAGUUUCAUAUUUUUGAGCGAUUCCGUUGGGGGUCUGAGUUGGAUUGAGUAGGAGAUAAGGCCAGUUUGAGUAUAUCAGAAAGGGACGGAGAUGUUGUCAACUUGUAUAGAAACAGGAGAUUUAGAAGAUGAUUAGCUGAUGGACAGGAUGUAGAGAAGAUAGAAAAGAAAUACAGAUGUGCAGAAUGUGGGGAAAAAGAAAGUUCCAGAAGAUUUGACUCAUAGGAGCAGAAGACGGGAUUUGGGGCAUAAUAUGAUAUAUUAAUUUCUCACUACCUUACUCAAGAACAGCUCUGUAAUAAGUCUCUAAGAUAUGAUGUUGUCUUUGUCAUUGUGAAGCAAGGUGAUAAAGACAGCAUGACAUCAUAGUGUUACUUACCUUUCUGUUGUUCUUGAAUAAGUAUCACAAUCAUUGUUUGCGGUUGAUUUGGAACUUUCUUGAUCCUUGGGUAGAUUCAGUGGCAGAAAAAAAAACCGACUUUUUGAAAGAAGUACUUAUAAUGAACAGGCAACAAACACAGACAUGAGAGAAGAUAUAAAAACGUUUUAGAAGAAGAAUAAUUAAGACAGACAGGAAUACAAUUGAACUUAGAUUCUCCUUUUCGGACGUUGAUUGAAUAUUUUUGACAGACAUUUUCUACUACUCUCUGUCUAGUAUCACCACUUUGAGAAAGACAGUUGCAGUUUUGUAAGAGAAACGACGCUUCUUGCCGAAUUCUGUGCCGUUUUGCUUUCACGAUUGCAAUUGUCUUUUAUAAAGACUUGGUGGCGCGUUUUCAGAAUAUUUAUGUCAGUCUCUUUUUGAUAUACUUACCUACUGUGGGUAAAGGGUAUUAUCGGGUGAUACCAAACGGUUAAGCGACAACAAGAUGAAUUUCACCAGAGCUGAAUGUACAAGACUACUACGACACUAAAAACAUCCAAAUAUCAUAUAUCUAAAAUCUAUGCAAAUCUUGUUUUGAAGAAAAAAUGUCUUAAGACUAAAAGAUUCAUCUGUUUAGUCGCCGAAAUUCAGACGACAAUCAAUCUAGACGGUAAUUUUACACAAUAAGUUAAAUUUUUAUAUAAUUUAAAUAAUUUCUAACUAUACUUAACCUUCCACGCGAUUUCGCCCGCGUGGAGGAUAGUAUGUGCUGCAAAAAUCUUGUGUUAAUCCAGGGCCUCGGAUAACUCUAUGCCAAGUUUUAUCAUAUUAAUAUAAGUCCAGGUUUGAGCGUGAAUAAGUGACAGAUAGACAGACAUAAUAUUCCAUUUUUAAUAUAUGUACGGUUUUAUUAUUUGAAGUGAAGUAAGGUGAUUAUGCAUAGAUAUCUUUAUAUAAAUGAAAAAUCAGUUAAAAUAGUUUUACAAAAAACACUAGCUGAGUUUUGGUUUUACCCGAAUUCUACCCGCUCCUGUUAGUUGUAGCGUGAUGUUACAUAGCCUUUAUCUUACUUUAAUAUCUACACUAUUCAAAGCAAAAAUCAUUUUACGAAUCACAACAAUAGCUUCUGAGAUUAACGCGGACAAACAAGCAAACAUACACAUAAAGUAUUUUAUAGUAAACCAGUUCAUAUAUUUAAAGUUUUAGAAAUCAGUAUAGCAUACCAAUACACAUAUACAUUUUUAUGUGAGUGUGACACCCAAAUGAAAGCUGUGUUAGUACACAACGAUACUGUAUAUUUACAAUGAUUAUACACAGAGGGCGCUACGCGCAUACAUGACUUGAAUUAAAUAUACUACUUCCAAUAAAAUAAUGUCAAAAUAUAUAAUGUGACUACUGUCAAGACAUCUUAAAAUGUUUGUUAUACUUAACUAUAAAAACACAUAAUUUUACAGCACGCUUAGCCCAGUGGCCCAGGCCACAUGACCACUGUGCGACGUGCUUUAGGUUCAAUCCCAGCGUGGAACAAGCGUUUGUGUAAUCCACGAAUGUUUGUCCUGAGUCUGGGUGUCUUUGUG